AUGUCCUCUGACUCGCCCCCGCACGCAGACGCCCCAACGCGCACAUCCAACCUCCAGUCUUGCCUCCGCAAUGGCUGCUCCAGCCGCGCACUUAACCUCCGGUGGCCCGUGGAGUUGGCGGAGGAGACUAGGACCAAGGCGAGCUCUUCCACAGAAGCGCACUUCGGCAGUGUUGCCAGCGGCGUCGAAGCUGCUAACAGCAGCAGCGCAGUCAUCGGAAAAGGGUUGCGCGACAUCGUAGUUCUAAUCUGA